UAACAUUUCAUUAGAGGUGAAAUAAAUUGCGGGGAGGGGGGUGUCUGGCUCCCAAGAAUAUUUUUGCAGCUUGAAUUUCUUGCAAAAAAAUCCGAAUGCUUAUUUGCCUGAUUGGCAUUUCCCAAGCACAUAGAUGCUGUUAGAUCCAGGGAUUCGAAGGUAUAAUAAAAAGGAUGUUUCCAAUUUGCAAAUGCCUGACCUUCACCAGGGCCCACAAGCCGCACAAGGAGCUGGGAAGCAUUCCAGAUCAAACGCAGGAGAACCGCAGGUGAAGAACCGAGAUUUGAGAAGCUUUCGCAAGGUUGACCAUGAGGAAUCUUCCAUUUGGGCUGGACCACCUUCUGGUCUUGCAAACCGGACAGAUCUGCUUGGCACUCGCCCAGGGAAUCUUGUAUGUCGAGGCAUCGGGUUCAGAAGCAGAGUGUGAAUCUGCUGACAGGUGUGAUGUUUAUGAAGAGCAGAGUCUGAUUGCCUGGUAUAUCUGGUUCUACAUCUCCCUUUUCUUGGCUGCGAUCCUUCUCUGCAUCGCCGCUUGCUGCCUGCAGUGCUGGCUGAAACGACGGAGGGUCUUCUCUUCUCAGCGGACAGUCGCCGUGUUUGCCCUCAGCGAUGCCGAUUCAGGACACAAGAGUGACGGCAGGCUGAGGACCGUGGCCCCAAUCCACCCUCACCCCCAGUGGAGCUCCUCCGAUUUCAUCUUUGAUACGGUGACGAGGAAUGGACCACCUCCGUCCUAUGAGGAGAUCGUGAAGCCAGGGGCCACCCAGAGGUGCUGCUCAGCUUCCAGGCUGAGGGAUGACACGGCCACAGACCCACUUUCAUGGAGAGAGGACUCAGAGUCCUAGCUAGAGGGCUGGGCUGGGACAUGGGCAGCCCUGGCCUUGGCGAGGAAGCUCCUGGGGCCACCCUGGGCAGGCCACUCUGCCUCAGCUUUACCUAACUCGCAGGGUUGUUGUGAGGCUGAAACGUUGCUUCAAUCUGUGCGGAAAGGGAAAAGUGCACGUAAUGAAUAAAGAAACACUACUUUAGUCAA